CCUGGACGUGAUGAAAUGCACCUUCAUCCACAAAGACCUGGGGGUGAUCAAAUGCAAAGUUCUCCACAAAGACCUGGACGUGAUGAAAUGCAAAUUUCUCCACAAAGACCUGGACGUGAUGAAAUGCAAAUUUCUCCACAAAGACCUGGACGUGAUGAAAUGCACCUUUAUCCACAAAGACCUGGGGGUGAUCAAAUGCAAAGUUCUUCACAAAGACCUGGACGUGAUGAAAUGCAAAGUUCUCCACAAAGACCUGGACGUGAUGAAAUGCAAAUUUCUCCACAAAGACCUGGACGUGAUGAAAUGCAAAUUUCUCCACAAAGACCUGGACGUGAUGAAAUGCACCUUCAUCCACAAAGACCUGGGGGUGAUCAAAUGCAAAGUUCUCCACAAAGACCUGGACGUGAUGAAAUGCAAAUUUCUCCACAAAGACCUGGACGUGAUGAAAUGCAAAUUUCUCCACAAAGACCUGGACGUGAUGAAAUGCACCUUUAUCCACAAAGACCUGGGGGUGAUCAAAUGCAAAGUUCUUCACAAAGACCUGGACGUGAUGAAAUGCAAAGUUCUCCACAAAGACCUGGACGUGAUGAAAUGCAAAUUUCUCCACAAAGACCUGGACGUGAUGAAAUGCAAAUUUCUCCACAAAGACCUGGACGUGAUGAAAUGCAAAUUUCUCCACAAAGACCUGGACGUGAUGAAAUGCAAAUUUCUCCACAAAGACCUGGACGUGAUCAAAUGCAAAUUUCUCCACAAAGACCUGGACGUGAUGAAAUGCACCUUCAUCCACAAAGACCUGGGGGUGAUCAAAUGCAAAGUUCUUCACAAAGACCUGGACGUGAUGAAAUGCAAGGUUCUCCACAAAGACCUGGACGUGAUGAAAUGCACCUUCAUCCACAAAGACCUGGGGGUGAUCAAAUGCAAAGUUCUUCACAAAGACCUGGACGUGAUGAAAUGCAAGGUUCUCCACAAAGACCUGGACGUGAUGAAAUGCAAAGUUCUCGACAAAGACCCAGAUAUGACUACAGUGAUGACGAAAAACGCCAUUCUCAACGUGAUUGGGAUAGUGUGAAGAAAGACAUGCAAAAUCAGAACAACCAGCAGCCAUCUGAUUCUUCCUGUCCUGAUGGCUGGGACGAAUAUUCUGAUAAGUGCUAUGUCUAUGUCCCCAUCAAAGCAACGUGGCCUGAAGCUGAGAGGAACUGUUUGCUCUUGGGAGGUAACCUGGUGUCAGUUCAGGACCACAGCGAGUACACAUUCCUCCUGUCAGUGAUCGAAAAGAGCUCCAGGAAAGACCAGCGAGCCUGGGUCGGAGCUACAGAUGCCAUUCAGGAGGGUCUUUGGCUGUUGAGUGACGGGUCCAGGUUAAAUUACCACAACUGGAGUGAAGGACAACCUUCUAACUACAAAGGCCAGGAGCACUGCAUGGAAAUGAACUAUGGAGCUGACCGCGGCCAGAAUGACGCUCCCUGCUGGCAUGCAUUUCCUUUCCUGUGUUCCAGCUAAGGUUUCCAUUUUG